AUAAGAGCAUUGUCCUUAUGCUCUAUUCAAACUUCAUUUGCACAAAGUUAAAGAACUUUUAGUAUGGGGUAACAAAGCCCGUAAUUAAUCCUUAGUCUUGAUUUAUAAAUAACCAAAGCCCUCAAGCUAAAAUAUUUUAGCCGAGACGCUUUACAAAGGUGAAAGGUUUCGUUCGCUAACCUUUCGUCGAAGAUGUCUUAUUUAUUUACCAUUAUUGUAACAUCACAGUUUCUCGUGUGGCUACUAGCUCAGUGAAUGGUACUUUCAGCCAGAAUCUAACAUUCUGAAAGUUCUUUGGAGUGAUGGAAUUAUCUCCAAACUUCGUCUCGUGUGAGCGCGAGUGUGAAGGCAUUUGUUACUUGGCAUCUGAAAGAAAGACGCCGCGCAGGAAAGAUGAGAGUAGUUCUUUGAGAAAAACGUUGUCCUCUUUUUGCAGUGAGCAGGUCAAGCCAUCAGCAGAAGUUUUCUUCGCCGGUAAACCCGAAGGAGCACCGUCUUGCGAGCAGUUCUCAAAGAUCGACUACACGGCCGAGUGUCGCAGUGAAAUCAGAACAAAUUCUUCUUCCGGGAAUCUUCAGAUGUCAAGCUUUGAACGGGCUUGCUAUGAGGACUUCCAAACGUACAUCCCAGAAAUUGCUACUGAAACGCAAUUUAUUCAUUCAAGCAACUGCUGUGAAGACAAUCCAAUUUAUGGCUGUGUGUCCCCAUCUGGCACAGCAGCCAGUCGUGGCAGCAUUUUAACACAUUAUUCCACUUCAAGUAGCCCCAAAGUCACACCAAGCACACGGCACUGCUUUUACAAUGAAGGAGUUGAAUAUUCUGCCUGUGAAGCUAAGAAGAGUAUGGUAUCCAAUCCACAGGGGAAUUAUCCCACAUCCCAUUUGAAUGAAAAUUUGUUUCCAUGGCAUCAAGAAAUACGGCCCAGUUUACCUGAAAAUCUAAGAUUUUCCAGGAGUCCAUAUUCCAAGGCACAAACUGAACCAUCACUGAUUCCACCAAACAAGGUUGUGAAUCAUUUUCCGCAACCAUUGUGUCCGACUGUGAGUAUCCGUGUGGACAUUUCUUGUCCUCUGUCUUCUUGUAACUGCAAGAAAAUGUCAUGUUGUUGCAGAGAUUCUCAUUCCAAAUCUCCUGUACGACUUAGUCACGGAAAUCUUCCUGGGAAGAGGAACCAUGUGGCUUUCCGUCCAAACGUCUUUCAAACCAUCCCUUCAGCAGGACUGAACACCAAGACGAAUUCAUUUGCACGUGAAUUUGGCCUUGCACCUGUUUGUAGCAGUGGUUACAACGCAGAUCUUUCAAAGUAUCAAAUGAAAUCAGAUUGCCACCCUGAAGCAAGUUUCAAGUAUUUUAGUCAAAGAUUUGAGUCAAAUAACAAUGGCUGCUUAGAUAUGGUGAACUUUGAUAGAGAAGCACAGAAUGGACAUUGGAUGGCUGAUGAUCAAAAAUCAUGUCAAAGACUUGUGUCUGAUAAUGCUGAAAAGAAGUUUGCAUUUCAGAGUAUAAGGGGUGAAACAUUUAAUCCAAGUGUGAUAAAAUAUGAUGAGAACACAAGAUGGAAUUUGAACUAUACUCAGCCUGAGCACUUCUCUGUGAAUGAAAAUUCUAGCAUUACACCAGAGAAGCAUAAUACAACAAACAUGACUUUUCCGAGGGGAAGUCAGGCAUAUCAAAGAGAAUUUUACUUUCCUAAAACUGUGGUUAGCUCAUAUUGCAAUGGCCGUGACCUUGAGGGGACUAAGGACUGCACAGAGUUGAUGCCUGUCAAUCCAGAAAUGAUUUUUGGACAAUGUAGAUUUCAGACCACUGCGAACAACGUCCAUGAAGAUAAAAAAUACUGUUACCCAGAACCAACAGGUCAAAUGAAAACUUGGCAAAAUUGUCCUAACCAAGAAACACCACUUCUUCAAGCUGAAAAGCCUGUGCACAUGAGAAACAAGAGGACAUUGAAUGAUACCUCCUUGGUAAUGGAACCAUCAUCUCCCAUUGCAAACUUGUCCAAUUUAGUGGCAAAGAUUCACCCUGACCAUGGAAAUAUCAUGACAGGAAAAAAGAAUCCAAAACUAGAAGGCCAAAGAAAUGAAAUGUUUAACAAGAGACGUUCCCAUUGUGUCUGUCCAAACUGUAUCAGUGGUCUAAACAGUGGGUCAGGAAAUAUGCAGCAAAAGUCACACAGCUGUCAUUACCCUGGCUGCGGAAAGGUUUAUGGAAAGACUUCUCACUUGAAGGCUCAUUUACGUUGGCAUAAAGGAGAGAGACCAUUUGUGUGUAACUGGAAUACUGGUGCUCGUCGAUGUGGGAAGAGCUUUACUCGGUCAGAUGAACUGCAGCGUCAUUUGAGAAUACACACAAAAGAGAAGGCCUACAUGUGCACGAUAUGCAACAAAGCUUUUGGCCGGAGCGAUCACCUAAGUAAACACCUCAGAACUCAUGGAGGCAAAGGUAAAAAGGUUGUGCAGGAGAAGGAGGGUGAAGAAGAUGACGUUGAUGACACAAAAUUGUUCGAUGUGGAAGAUGAUGAUGAGAAUGAUGAUGUUUUUGAAGAUGAUUAAGAACAAGUGUAUAAUAAUAUCUUCGAUGGCUGUCGGAUGGUGUAAUUUUUGGUAAUUAUGACAUGUCUUUUGUGAGACUUAAGUUGCAAUAUGGCUCAGAUUUGAUUUACACAUACCUAACUUUGUUAUAAUAACAAAGUAGCUAGUAAAUCAUAACUAGUCAAGUUGUAGAUGUAGUACAGAUGAAGAUAUAACAUGCGUCACACAUCACAAGCAGAUAUCAUACUCUCUAAGGCAGCCUUAUGUUGUGAUUCAAAGCACCGUGAACACUUUGAUUGGGUUCUGUCAGCUGAAUUGUGCACAAAGCAAUCACAAUAAAGUUCAGGGCCCAUGGACAAACCUCAAAACCACAAACUCAUUACCGUUGCUGUCUUUGGGUUAGUUUUCAUGCCUUAUUGGCUCUUUCCUUGCAACACAGACAUUCCAUAAAUAUUUCUGGUGUUGGUGGUUUUCUGAGUUUCACAGUAAAUGUAUAAAAAGAAUUUAAAGAUGAUUGCUCUCCUGCCUUACAGAAGUGGCUUUUCGCAUGUACAGAUUGUGCACCUCUCUGUGAUCUUGUUACUUGUUCUUGAAAUUGGUUGUUGACGUUAUUGUAGUUUUAAAUGUAAAUAUUCUUACCACUUGGCUUUUUCAGCUCUAACCACAAAGAAAUAUUACUGAGAAAUUAGGAGACAUGAUGCUCCACAAAAUAUUUUUAUGCAGCAAUGCACAAGGCAAUAUUCUUGUAAGAUCAGUUGCAUCGUACUUCUCAAACUCAUUAAUGAUUCAUUAAGUUUAAACAAAAGAAAUAAUGACUGUGAUGGUG